AUGGCAACAGAGAAUUGGCUGCUAAAGAUGGAAAAAUUACUGAGAGCCCUUGAAUGCACUGAUGCUCAGAAGAUGGUGUAUGCCACUUUUUCUCUUCAGGGUUCUGCUGAAAGAUGGUGGUCAUGCACUGAACCAUUGUUGAGGAUGGAGUUGGGAGGGAACACUCUCAUUACUUGGGAGAAGUUUAAGGAAGUUUUUAAUGAGACAUAUUUCCCUGAUGGGACUAUGAUUGUAGAAGAAUAUGCUGCAAAGUUUGUGGAGCUUUCUCACUUUGCUCCUUACUUGAUUCCAGAUAAGCCCAAGAAAGCAAUGAGUCUUGAAGAAGACUUUAAGUGCAACCUUGGCUCCAAGAAUAAUGAAAAGAAGCAAGAACCCUCUAGUUUUCAACAUGGAAAGGGUCAGGGGAAAAUUUUCAUGAAGGGGUUCUUUAAGAAGUUGGGUAAUGGGGAUCAUUCUAAUGGGCAAGACAAAGGUGCCUUUCCUCAGUCAAGUGGAAAGAAGCCUUGCUCCUAUUGUGAUAGAUUUCACAAUGGUUAUGCUUAUGGUGGAGUUAAGUUGUGUUACAAUUGUAAGAAACGGGGUCACUUUGCUAAAGAAUGCCCAAUUACUAGGGGCUCAAGUUCCUCUUCUUUGCCUCAAACUGUUAAGGGUAAUAACAAUGGGAAAAUGGUGCAAGGUAGAGUGUAUGCAUUUACUGCUCAAAAUGCUCAGGCCAUGGAUACAAUGGUGAAAGGCAUGGAUCGGCUGGCUUCUCGUUAUGCUUGUAUAAAUAUUUAG